GUGACGUUUACGGACUAGUGGACGCAGUCGAAACUCUGAGCUCAUUUCACGGAGGGCUGUCAAUACAGUGAGCGAGUCGACGGAGAAAGUUCAAUAUUUUAUGCAACCGUACCUCGGGGGAAAAGAGAGAAGCGGGAGAAAAGAAGCAGUGUGAACAACGACGGACUCUGUGGGGAAAGAAAUGUGUCGACGGCGGCGGACUUUAAAGCCACUUUGAGGCGAGAAGAGGAGACAAACAUGCUAGCCUCCUUGCUACCUCUCCUCCUGCUUCUACUCCUAUGUCGGACUUCUCUCUGCCAGUACUCCAGCGACCAGUGCAGCUGGAAGGGCAGCGGACUGACUCACGAGGGCCACACCCGGGACGUGGAGCAGGUCUACCUGCGCUGCUCCCAGGGUUCCCUGGAGUGGCUGUACCCCACUGGCGCCAUCAUCGUCAACCUGCGGCCAAACACGCUCUCCCCCGCCGCCUCCCGCCUCUCCGUCUGCAUCAAGCCCAGCGCCGACUCCAGCGGCACUAACAUUUAUCUGGACCUGAACGGGCGGCUGCGCUUGCUGCUGCGCGAGCAGGACCAGGCUCGCGGUAAAAUACACUGCUUUGGCAUACAAGAGGGGGCGCUCUUUAUCGAGGCUGUCCCGCGCACGGAUAUCAGCCGGCGGAUUACGGCGUUCCAGUACGAGCUAAUAAGCAACAUGCAAGGAGUGGAGGAGCCCUCGCUGGCAGCUCCCUGUCAGCCUUGCAGUGAUGCUGAGGUUCUUCUAGCAGUGUGCACUAAAGACUUUGUGGCGCGAGGCAGCAUCAAGCAGGUGGCGCAGGAAGAAGAGUGCUCGUCCGUCAGCGUGGACAUCAGCCGCCUUUACAGACAGAAGAUCCACGUCUUUGUCUCGGGGGGUCCCAGGGUACGUAGGUGGUCGGGUCACAUUAAGAUGCCCCUGCAAUGCGGGGUCAAGCCCGGGGAGGGUGAGUUCCUCUUCACGGGGACGGUGCGCUUCGGGGAGGCGUGGAUGGGCUGUGCCCCGCGAUACAAGGACUUUGUGCGCUUGUACAGACAGGCGCUGAGACAGGGGACCAACCCUUGUCACCUGGAUACUGACUGAGUGGAGCCCAGCUUGGAAAAUAGAACCUCAUUGGAGGACGAGGAGGUGGGCAUGGGGUCAUGUGACUCCAUGGUACCCCAGACAGACGGACUGAUGAUUCUAAAUGUAGCAGCCCUCCCUUCUCCGUUUGUGUACAAAAUGUGAAUGAAUGUUGUACAUUUUGCAGCACCACAUGCUUUCCAAAAAAGCGUGAUGUACAGUGUAAUAAGUGAUUUUUGUUUUUUAUUUUUGUUUAUAAAAAAUGCCUGAAUGUGAAAAAUGAUUGAAUUAAAAAAAAAAAGUGCUUUAACAACAUUGAGUGAAUGAAGAGUCUUUCCUGAUCAAAUAAAUUAUUUUCCGAUCCCAAUGAUGUCGCCACGCCUCAGCCAGUCCGCCGCACAGAACUUCCUGCGGUGAUUUUUGUAUUUUACUUUUAGCGGGGGGUCGUACUUGUGUCAAG